AUGAAAAAAGAUUUUAGAACAGCAUAUUUGAAUACAUUGGGUUUUAAAGGUGGUCAGUUAAAGACAUCGUUGGAAGCAAUCUUUGAACAUCGUGUGAUCGACCUUAACAAGCUUAAAAAGAUUUGUAAUAUCUUUGAGAUACCCAAUCAGUAUCGAUGUCGUGUUUGGAAGAUUCUCCUCGGUGUCUCUUCCUCCUACCAAGAGACAUGGGAUUUCAUUCAAGAGCAACGCACCAUCGAAUAUGAAGAUUUGAAACAUGCAGUCACUCUUGUACGUCGUGGUAACCUACCGGAUGCAUUCUAUCAUAAAUGGAAAGAAGUUAUCAAAGAAUAUUCAAUUGAUUCGAAUGAGAAGAUUGUAUUGGAUGCAAAAGAGGUUGCUGCCAAUGGUCUGGCAAUCAUAUAUCAUACAAAAGAACAUGAUAAUGAAUUCAAUAACACUGGAAGUGGAAGUGGUAGUAGUCAUAGUGGUCAUCAUAGUCAUCAUGGUCAUCAUGGUAAUAAUCAACAACAACAACAAUAUAGUUCAAGUGAAGGUAUACCUAGUUUUCCAGAAAAUUCAGUACCGAGUUUAGUAAAUACUUUAAUACCAAAUAAUAAUAAUAAUAAUAAUAAUAACAAUAAUACAACAACAACAACAACAAACAAUAAUGAUGUAAAUAAUAUAAAUAAUAAUAAUAAUAAUAAUAUAAAUAUAGAACAAAUGAUAAAUGAAAUAACAGAUUCACCAUCGUUGUCAUCCUCUUCAUCGUCUUCUUCGAUAUCAUCACUGACAUUGAACAAGGAUAAUACAUUUGGAUUACAAUUUGAAGAGCAUCUCAAAGCUAUUGCAGAGGUAUUUUGUUAUGUUUGCGAGAAUGAAGUCGAUGCAUUCUGGUGUUUCAACAACUUUUUGAAUAGAUCAUUCAAACAAUACGGUCACAAAGUAAUAUUAUUCAUUAAAAUAAUAAUCAAUAUUAUUCAACGUUCAAAUACUAAUCUCUUAUUUAUGUUAACAGGAUAUAGACUGCUAGAAUUGUAUGAACGAUCGCUCUGGGAUCAUUUCCAUCAACACAAUAUACAUGUAGAUCAAUUCAGUACAAAAUGGUUUAAAACAUAUUUUACAUGUUGUUUCCCAACCACCAGUUUGAAUAGAGUAUGGGAUAGAAUCAUUGGAGUAUCACUUGACUAUAUGGCAUUUAUUGCACUCUCUAUUCUGCAAUCAAAAAAAUCUAUAAUAUUAGAGAUGACAUCAAGUUUAGAUAUAUUAAAUUUCUUAUUAAAUAAUAAUUCAGAAUUACAAAUCAAUUUGGAUUUUUAUAAAGACUUUAUCAAUGAUACCAAUGAUACCUUGACAGAACUCAAAAACUUUAGAAACAUUUAA